AUGAAGUCUUCUACCAGUAACACUGAUAUUUCACAAAUAGUAGAGACUAAAAAAUUUUCAAAAGAAGCCAUCUCAAAAACCGAUUUCACUGGAAAUGAUCAAAGUUAUGCGACUAAAGCGGAAACAGCCAAGAUAUUACCUGUUGAGGCGAUACCUAUUGUAGCAA